AGGAUUUGGCAAAAUGAAGGCCUGGAUUUAGGAAUGAUCCCGUAUGGUUGUUUGUCCACUGGCAGUUCUAUCGGAAUGAUCGAGGUCGUCCAUGAUGCGGAGACUAUAGCCAAGCUACAGAAAAAUAAAGGUGUUGCUGCAACCUUCGCUAAGAACUGUAUUUGGGAUUGGCUAAAGGAAUACCAUGCUACUGAAGAGAGUUUAAUCGAGGCUGUUCGUCGUUUCACGCUUUCCUGUGCAGGGUACUGUGUGGCUACGUAUGUCCUGGGGGUGGGUGACAGGCACAGUGACAACAUUAUGGUGAAGAAAACAGGACAGCUGUUCCACAUCGAUUUCAGUCACAUCCUGGGGAACUUUAUUAGCAACUUUGGAGUUCGGAGGGAAAGAGUGCCCUUUGUACUCACCGAUCAUUUUGUACACGUGAUUUCUGAGGGCAAGGGAAAAGACACGGUGGAGUUUGAAAAGUUUAAACAGCUCUGUGAAAGAGCCUUUCUGAUACUUCGCCGCAAGGGACCUCUUCUGAUCAACCUGUUUGUCAUGAUGUUGUCCGCUGGCCUCCCAGAGCUGCGGUCACUUGACGACAUUGGUUACUUGAGAAAAACACUCGUGCUGUCUCUUACAGAAGAAGACGCCAUCAAAGACUUCAAGAAGAAGUUCGACCAUGCCAUCAACAACAGCUUUUCAACGUCAAUGAACUGGUUUGCGCACAAUGUAAAAAGAGAUAACCCUUAAAGGGUAUCGCCCAAAAAUUGCACUGGCUUUUAAGCCACGAUUACUUCACUUCCUGCGAAAUUUUGUUCGGUGUUGACCAAGAGGAUCGAGGGCUCAAGCAUCGUGACAUUUAAGCUCAUUGGCCGACAGCAGUCGUCAAGAAAGCGCGGGAAAACUCGCGGAGACCCGCUUUUGCAUGAUCUUGAUUGGCUGGAGAGGAACGCAGCUCUUCAUUGAUUGGCUGGAAACUGAGCGUUAAUAUUCUAGAGAAAGAGUUACUUGACAAGUAUCUUUCAAUAAGCGCGUGUGUACGGGAAGGCAAUUUUUUGUUGACUUUCUUAAGGUUUAUUUGCUCACAUGUCAGGCAAAACAGAGCUGGUCUUCCCUUG